AUCAAAGUCACAUCAAGGUCAGGCGCAACAUCAAGCGACACUCGUGAGGCUGGAUUCAGCUGGCUGUUUGCACGUUCCUUCUACUUAGUAUUAUUCAUAUUUGUUUAUUUAGUUCCUAGAACCUAUUUGCCACUUAUCUCGUUAGAACUGGUAGUAAUGAAGUGAUGUCGACACCUGUUUUAUUGGGAUUAGGUGUGAUAGCCGUGGGAGUUGCUGGACGCUAUAUUACUCGGCGAGUAAAUGUUGGUAGCAUAACAGAACUUAUGAAAAUACCGGGACUAAGUGGUUCGAAGUACUAUCGUGGAGGGUUUGAACAAAAUAUGUCUCGACGUGAGGCUGCCCUAAUUCUUGGUGUGAGUCAACAGUCAAAUAAAAAUAAAAUUAGAGAUGCACAUAGACGAAUCAUGCUUCUUAAUCAUCCUGAUAAAGGUGGUUCUCCAUAUUUGGCUGCUAAGAUAAACCAAGCUAAAGAUGUACUAGAAUCGAAUAAAAGUUGAAUACCGCUAACUCCAUCCACUGUAAUAUAUAUACAUUAUCAAUAAUUUUAUUUUGUAAGAUACAAAUUAUCUUCCAGUUUUUAAACUGUAAGCGUAUAGUUUAAAACAUGUAUAUUAUUAGAUAGUAGUCUUCUGAAUAGAUGUACUUUAUGAUUUAAAUAAAACUUAUUUGUAUGUAAA